AGGCAGCUCCUGUCCCUUAUGUCUCUUUGUAGGGAACAGAGCAGACUUCCCAGAGCAUCACUGAAGACAAUAUACAACUCUAGGGACUACACCCGAGCUGCAGACCUCUGUGCAGCCCAUCUCUCAGCUGCAGCAGCGGAUCCCAACAAAGUGGGCACGUGGAGAGAAAAGACAGACCAACUUGAGCUGGAGGAACAUAAUUCAGAAGUCCUGAAGAAAAAGUGGAAAUUUUAAAAAUAAACAAUCCAAAGGUCACUUCUGAAAUGAAGAAAUAAUGAUCAGCAGGUCAGACUCAUCAUCGUUGGAUUGGACCGCAAAAGAAAAAGGAAUCUGGAACAUAUCCCGAAUAGACAUUGGUGGUUUGAAAAUGAGCAGCUCUUUAAAGAACAUCUUGAAAGGUCCCAACAGUGCUUUUAAUUCAUCAGCCAGGCGUUUAUCUUAUUUCUCCAGCUCUCUCUGAGAGGGAACAUUAAAGACUUUGUUGAUAGAGCUCUUGGGGAACGAGUAAUAAUUCGUAUAUGAAGUCUUAAAACUUUACAGCUGUUGACUGAAGAGAGACAGAAUUGCCAAGUGCAUAUGAAAAUUAUAUUUUGCUGUAUUCUAUGAGGGAGAAGUAUGUGUCUGGACUAACAAUACAUUGCUGCACAGGGGACUGCAGAAAUGUUUACAGGAUGUGGAGUGUUUAGUGGCAAUAACCAGUGUCUGGCUAACAGCAAUGUCACUCCCCAACCAGGACAUGAGAUAAAGAGACCAAACCAAAGUGCUAAUGGAGUAAACCAAGGGACGUGCCGUCUUUAUCAGGGUCAAACUUACACGAAUACUGUAAUGCAGCCAGUGGUGUUCGACAGUGUCUCUAAUCCACUGAAACCUUCACCGUUGACACCUUCUGCAACAGCAGUUAAACUAGGACAGGAAGGUUUCAAAAAAGUUUGCCGCACUGAGGAGGACAGCCCCUGUCCCUUUCCAGGCUUGGCUUCUGGGGUGCUGGAGAUGCGUGUCAAAGAGGGUAGCAAGAUUCGCAACCUAAUGGGAUUUGCUAUGGCUCGCAUGCAAGGAGAAAAGACUGGAAGUGCAGGAGGUGCAACCGUCGGCGGGCUCAGGCAGGUUGUCUUUACUGGGUCAGGUCGUGCGGUCACAAAGACCAUCACUUGUGCUGAGAUUAUGAAACGAAAAGUGGGCUGCCUGCAUCAGAUCACCAAGCUAAGGUAUAAAGUGUUGAAAGAAGUGUGGGAGAGUAACCAGGGGGCACCUUCUGAGAUGACGGUGCACAGGACUGUACCUUCCAUCAGCAUCCUUCUUUCUAAGGAUCCUCUGGAUCCACAAGAGCCAGGCUAUCAGCCUCCAGAGGCUUUUAGUGCAUUGUGGGAGGACACAGCUGUGACUGAGCCUGCAACGCAAACAGCAUACAAGAGACCUCUUGGACCAUUGACAUACAGCAGCUUCCCUUCCUGUAAGAAGCUGUGUUUGGGGGAAGGAGUCUCAGUCCUUCCUCCUAACUGACUGGCUGAACCCCUGUCACAGUGGAGAGGAUUGAAUCAGCAAAGUUCAUUUGGCGCUGCACUCUAUUCUAGCACAAUGCUGAGACAAUCAGAACAUUCACUCAGUCAGAACAGUGCUUUCUUAGAAGAACUGAAUCCCAAUUCAAGCCUCAGGAGGUCAGUUUGACUGAGACUGAAAAGCUUGCUUCUGCUCAAAGAGUACAGAACAGAUUUAUGGCCCCAGACAUUACAACUGUGGUAAUGUGUGACUGUACUGUGUGAAGAACAAAACAACAUCAAAAUGAAGCCAUUGAUUGCACAAGUUGUGGGUUAAACUAUUAUUGGUAUGAAGUCAUUUUUGUUCAUAAAUACCCUGAAAUUAAGUUUUUCAGAUUUUAAAAAAUGAUUUUAAUAGAAAUUAAAAAUGUAAAAUACAGAUGGUAUAAAUAAUUGCAAAUGUGCCAAUGUAGUUUUGUCUGACUAUCAAUCUUCACACAAAAAUAAACAUUUUUUCUCCAAAUUAA